AUGGCCGGGGGUACAAUAAUCGGAGGAGAUCAUAUCACCUAUAACAUCCAUCCCAGCGCCGAACGUCCAGACUCAACCGAAGAUCGUGACGCUCUGAUAUCCGACAUUACGACUUGGUUCGAUCUCAAGUCGAACUCGAGGGCCAUUCACAACGAUGUGAAGAAGAAACGGAUCGCUGCGACAGGAAAUUGGUUUAUCAACAGCAAGGAGUAUCAAGAAUGGAAAGGAAAAAAGGGCGCUGUUCUCUGUGCUACUGGAAUCCCUGGUGCUGGCAAGACUGUCUUGAUGUCGCGGGUCGUCGACGAUCUCCAACCACUGGAGGAAGCUACCGACCAAAGGAUCUGCGUACUCUUCGUCUACAACCGCUACAACGAAUCACUCUCGAUUGGCGACAUCGUGAAAGGGUUCAUUCUUCAAAUUCUGCAACGUCACAAACACCUCGUGGACCUCGUCAAGCCCCUUUACCAGCGUGGUCGACUCGAGAGGACGAACCCCUCUGACGAAGAUCUUCUCAACAUGCUCCUCAAGCUGGAGGGCCACUUCGACCGUAUCUACUACGUCGUCGACGGUGUGGAUGAAGUCGAUCGCAACUAUCAGUUCGACCUAAUUCUGGCCCUGGGACAGCUACAGGGGAACCUGAUCUUCGCCUCCCGCCCUCUGGAGGACCUGAAGACGGAGUUGAAGAACGCCAAGUAUUUGACAUUGCUGGCGCAGGACGAAGACCUCCAACUGCUCAUCGAUGACAGGCUUAGGAGGUACAAGGGCCUAUGUCGCGUUUUGGAGGACCACGAGUAUCGGGAGAAGGUCAUUAGGCUGAUAGCUGACAAGGCAGCUGGAAUGUUUCUCCACGCAGCGUUGCAAAUCGAGGCCCUACGCAGCUGUUUGUCACUGGCUGCCGUAGAAGCGAAGCUCGACCAGUUUCCCGCAGGAAUAGAGGGGAUGUAUGCUGCCAGCCUCUCUCGGAUUGAGAACCAGGACCCGGAGCUCGCGCAGUUGGCCAAGCAGGUCCUCUUUUGGCUCGUCUUUGCCCGUGGGUCGUUGUCGUUGCGGGACCUUCAGGCCGCGCUCGGUGUGAACCCGGAAACAUACAGUGUUGAGAAAUCGCGUAUGCCGGACAAAGACUCGAUUGUUGACCUCUGCUGUGGUCUCGUCGAGCUGGACACAGAAAGUGACGUCGUUCGACUCGUCCACUUCACGGCUAGAGACGCACUGGAACCCCUCUUGCUCAAGGACUUUCCCCAACCCCAUCUCUUCAUCAGCAAAGUGUUGGCGCAGCGGAUGGUCGACAACAAUCUGCCUCGUUGUACCAUCGUAGAGCGCGAAGCCUUUGACGCCCUCAUUCAGCGGGAACCGCUCCUGGAUUACGCUUACCGGCACUGGGGCACCCAUGUUCUGGAGUGCGGAGAUGGACCGGAAGCUGUCGACGCUGCAACGGACUUUCUGCGGCAAUGCACCUCAUUUCCCUCCGACCUCCCAUGGAAAGCCUUGGACCUAGUGAAGCCACUUCACGUCGCUGCCUACUAUGGCAUCUCGAUUUACUUAGACCGUGUCUUUGGGAGUGUUGUAGACCCCGAUAGCCCGACAGCACAACAUCCAACUUCGCACGGCGGUUCACCCCAGCCAGUGGCUCAACGCAUGGAGAGUAUUGGCAUCAAUGACACAACGGUGCUAUGUUCGACAGCACUGAUUAUGGCAUCCACUCGUGGUCACACCAAUUUUGUGAAACAAAUUCUCCAAAUUCACGGCAUCAACGCCAAUGCGAGGGACAGAAGGGGUAGGACGGCCUUAGCCCAAGCGUCAUUACUGGGACACGGUGAGGUCGUCAAACAACUCCUCCAGGUCCCUGGCAUCGACGUCAACGCUGCGGACAACGACGGGUGGACUGCGCUCAUGCUGGCCUCGGAAAACGGUCACGAUGGAGUGGUCAGGCAGCUCCUCCAGGUCCAUGGCAUCGACGUCAACGCUGCAAAAAACGACGGGUGGACGGCGCUCAUGGUGGCCUCGCAAAACGGUCACGACGGAGUGGUCAAGCAGUUCCUCCAGGUCCAUGGCAUCAGCGUCAACGCUGCGAAGAACAACGGGGCCACUGCACUCAUGCUAGCCUCGCAAUACGGUCACGAUGGAGUGGUCAAGCAGCUCCUCCUGGUCCAUGGCGUCGACGUCAACGCUGCUGACAACGACGGGUGGACGGCACUCAUGGCAGCCUCGGCAUACGGACACGAUGGAGUGGUCAAGCAGCUCCUCCAGGUUCCUGGCAUCGACGUCAACGCUGCGACCAACGACGGGUGGACGGCACUCAUGGCAGCCUCGCGUCACGGUCACGAUGGAGUGGUCGAGCAGCUCCUCCAGGUUCCUGGCAUCGACGUCAAUGCUGCGGACAACGACGGGUGGACGGCACUCAUGCUGGCCUCGGCAUACGGACACGAUGGAGUGGUCGAGCAGCUCCUCCAGGUUCCUGGCAUGGACGUCAAUGCUGCGGACAACGACGGGUGGACGGCACUCAUGCUGGCCUCGCGUCACGGUCACGAUGGAGGGUACCGCCACGGGAAAGAAAAGGCGUCUCAUUACUUCUCCUAG